GAGGAACCUUUUUCCUUCGACGCACGCCCGCUCGCUCGCCUCAAUUGCUGUGAUCCGCUCCCGCGUGGCUUGCACCUCCUCCUCCUCAGCGUCAUCGCCAAUCAUCCCAUCCUCCUUCGCCUGCGCUCGCCUGACUAUCGCCAACCCCUACAUCUCCGCUUCGGCUUUGGUCGUGCCGUGACCACUGCUUCGCAUGAGUGUUCGGUUGCUGCUCUCUUUUUUUUCCCUCCUUCCCACUGUGGAUGGAAUUGACACCAUACAGCAUCACACAUCCAUAAGAUUGGAGAAAUACCAACUGCCCACCCAGGUCCACCCCCUCCCUCUCUCCCUCCCUCUCUCCUCGCUCCCGACCCAGCCGACCCCCGGUGUUGUUUUCCUUCCACCACCACCACCACCACCACCACCACCACCACCACCACCACCACCACCAAGACCACCCCCCUUCCCCCGUCGCGCCGAUAGUACAAAACCAACCACCUACCCACCCACCCAACCACCCCUGACCAGGAACAGCUUUUCUUAACCUCACCUCCCACCUCUCUCCCUCCCUCCCUCUCUCCCGACCGUUCUCUCUUCCCCGUCACGUCUCAGGGAAACCCGGCAAC